AUGGAGAAAAUGGCCAGAGUGACCACCGCUCUCGGUGGCAACACGAUCACUGGACGGACCAUGUGCUGCCACCUGGAUGCCCCUUCUAAUGCCAUCAGCGUGUGCCGUGACGCCGCUCAAGUGGUUGUGGCCGGACGCAACAUUUUCAAGAUCUACUCCAUCGAAGAAGACCAGUUUAUGGAAAAACUGAAUUUGCGCGUCGGCCGCAAACCAUCUCUGAACUUCAGCUGUGCCGACGUGGUGUGGCACCAGAUGGAUGAGAAUUUGCUGGCCACGGCGGCCACGAACGGGGUGGUGGUGACGUGGAACCUUGGCAAGCCCUCUCGGAACAAACAGGACCAGCUUUUCAUGGAGCACAAGCGAACGGUGAACAAGGUGUGCUUUCACCCAACUGAGGUCUAUAUGCUCCUUAGCGGGUCUCAAGAUGGCUAUAUGAAGUGCUUUGACCUACGGAAGAAGGAUUCGGUCAGCACUUUCUCUGGUCAAUCGGAAAGCGUCCGUGACGUCCAGUUUAGUAUCCGUGACUACUUCACCUUUGCUGCCACCUUUGAAAAUGGCAACGUUCAACUGUGGGAUAUUCGCCGGCCUGAUCGCUACGAGAGGAUGUUCACAGCCCACAACGGACCUGUGUUCUGUUGUGAUUGGCAUCCAGAGGACAGAGGCUGGUUGGCCACAGGCGGCCGAGAUAAGAUGGUGAAAGUCUGGGACAUGAGCACCAACCGGGCCAAAGAGAUCUACUGCGUGCAGACGAUCGCCUCCGUAGCCCGGGUCAAGUGGAGGCCCGAAUGCAAGCACCACAUUGCCACUUGCUCUAUGAUGGUGGACCACAACAUCUACGUGUGGGACAUCCGGCGCCCGUUCAUCCCCUCUGCCAUGUUUGAGGAACACAAAGACGUCACCACCGGGAUCGUGUGGCGUCACCUGCACGACCCUUACUUCCUCCUCUCAGGAUCCAAGGACAGCACUCUCUACCAGCACAUCUUCAAGGACGCCAGCCAGCCGAUCGAACGGGCGAACCCGGAGGGUCUCUGCUACAGCCUCUUUGGAGACCUGGCUUUCGCGGCCAAGGAGAGCCUCAUUUCCUCCGACUCAAACCGCAAGCCCUACCUCGGGGACCGCCGCCACCCCAUCUUCUUCAAGCGCAAGCUGGACCCCGCGGAGCAGUUUGAGUUCAUCUCCUCCUCCAGCGCCCUCAGCGUCUUCGAAGCAGACGCCGGGUGCGAUGCCAGCAGCAUGGAUUGGUUUGUGCGGACUGCCAAACAGUACCUCCUGACCGGGCGACCGCUGGCAGAGCUGUGUGACCACAACGCCAAAGUAGCCAAAGAGCUUAAGCGCAACCAGGUCGCUCAGACGUGGACAAUGCUCCGGAUUAUUUAUUCAAGCCCUAACAUCGUCCCUGCCACGAACCUCAACCACAGCCUGGGGAAAAGUAGCUCUAACCUUCCACUCAUGAAUAGCUUUAACUUGAAAGAUAUUCCCUCUGGAAUAGGCACUGAGUCACGGCUGGAGAGGACCAAGGGGGAGAACCGUCCCGAAGCCAUUCUCAUGGAUUCAUCCUCAACUCUGAUCAAUAAUGAUGAGAACGAAGAGACAGAAGGAAGUGACGUUCCUGCCGAUUAUCUCCUGGGCGAUGUGGAAGCUGAUGAAGAUGAUCUGUACAUGAUGGACCAUGAGAAUCCUCACACCGAAGACCAAGAGUAUAUCCUUCCCCAGGAAGCCUUUCCUUUACGCCACGAGAUUGUAGACAACCCCUCUGCACUGGACCAUCUGCAGGACAAAGCCGACUCGCCCCACGUCAGUGGCAACGAGGCGGAGACCGUUUCUCUCACUCCCGUGGAAUCGUUCUCCCUCAUCUCCAUUUCACACUCCCUUUACGAGAAUCGCCUGCCGGCCGAUUUCUUCAACCCCAUUGUCCAUGACAUGCUGCUCUUCUAUGCCGAGCAGGGAGACGUCCAGAUGGCCGUGUCGAUCCUGAUUGUGCUGGGGGAUCGCAUCAAGAAGGGGAUUGACGACCAGACACAGGAACAUUGGUACAUGUCCUACAUUGACCUGCUGCAGCGGUUCCAGCUGUGGAACAUCUCCAAUGAAGUGAUCAAGCUGAGCACUUGCAGGGCCAUCCACUGCCUCAACCAGGCCUCCACCACCCUGCACAUCAACUGCAGCAACUGCAAGCGGCCCAUGAGCAACAAAGGCUGGAUCUGUGACCGGUGUCGGCAGUGUGCCAGCAUGUGUGCCGUGUGCCACCAUGUGGUCAAGGGCCUCUUUGUGUGGUGCCAAGGCUGCAGCCACGGUGGUCAUCUGCAGCAUAUCAUGAAAUGGCUGGAAACCAGCUCCCACUGCCCUACAGGAUGCGGUCAUGUUUGCGAAUACACCUGAAUUCAAAAAGAACGUU